UAGUAGACGGAGCCCAGGGGUAGAUGGGAGUCACACAAUGGCGCUGCCCGUUCUAGGGAGGUGUUGCACCCGGCCUCCAACGUUACUAACUCGCUUCUUUAGAGUUGAUCGGGGUGUACUGGUCCGUACUACGAGCAUAAAUCGGACACCGGUGGCUCCUGUCCUGUCCACGGUUCGACUGUUCAGUUCACGCCGUGAUGGACACUCCAACAGACAGACAAAGAAAGUGGUAGUAGUUGGUGUCCCCAACCCUUUUGUAUGGUUCAGAACCCGAAUAUACUACUUCUUGAUCAGGUCCUAUUUUGACAAGGAAUUUAAUAUCGAGGAUUUUACGGAUGGGGCAAAGCAGGCCUUCUCCCUUGUCUCAAGGCUUCUUUCUCAAUGCCAGUUUGAGGCUCUUGAAGGUCUGGUGGCCAAAGAUCUGAUUGGCAAACUGGAGGAGAAAUGUACCCUUCUUUCUCCAAGCCACCGGGAGGCACUCUCUGCAGAACCAGAUGAAAUCAUGUACACCACACCAAGUGAUGUGGGGAUCUAUUAUGACGACAAUGGUCGUAAGUUUGUCAGUAUUCUGAUGCGGUUCUGGUACUUAACGAGUGCUGAGCUUCCGGAUGAAUCCCUGGAUGGCGCGCGCGUCUUCCAGGUAGCCCUUGGUGGAGAAAGGAUAUCAGAACAAAAGAGACUGCUCACGGCUAAUUACGAGUUUCAGCGGGAGUUUACCCAGGGGGUUCCACCGGACUGGACCAUCACCAGAAUAGAGCACUCAAAACUGCUUGACUGAGGGGGGCGGGGGGGAUGGGUUGGUGGUAAGGGGUAAUAUGACAGUAGAAGACCUACAGCAGAGACAGACACCACAGGGGCAAUGGGGGAACCUUCCCCAGUAGCUCCCUUUUUUGUAGCCCCAACCUGUAAACAAACCUGCCCCUGCAAAGCACUAAGACUGACCUUCAAAUUACCUGAACAUGGCCUGAAGGGCCAGGAGAGCAAUGGAAACAAUGGUGACGAAGGUCAGAGAUAUGUAAAAGUGUGAGGAAGAAUACCUUCCAGGAUCCCAUUCACUGUCAGCUUUACACUUUGAUUGGUUGACUGUGUCACUGCUGGGAACAUCUGACCAAUGUUCAGUGGCAGAACCUGUGUAUCUGCUGCAGGGACCAUGUCAUCUGUGGUGUGGACGUCUACAGUGCAGAAGAGCUUGCAACACCAUUGCAAUGUGGAGAAAAAAAUAAAGGAAACGUGCACUCAAAUCCCUUAUUCAUUUUAAAGUAUGGUUUGCAAAUUGAUAUUGUGGUGUCAAAGAUGAUUGGUGCCGGUAUUAAUCUAUUAAAAUAUCUUAUGAAAACCAA